CCCUAAUGUCGACUACAUCUACCAUCACUGAGGCUGCGCCUCGCCAGCCCGACAUCGACUAUCAUCCUGAUCAUGUGAAGUACCUUGCUCGAACUGCCCGCCGAUUGCAGAGCGACCCAUCUCUCCCCAAAUCACCUCUCCCUGCUGGUUUCCCCACACAAGUUGAAGGCCCGAUCGUGUGGGAGGGCGCUGAUUGGAAGGAGGAGAAGCAGUGGGUCUACGAACUCAGUCAGGUAGAGUUGAAGGAAAUUGACGAUGCCAUCAAGCACUUUCAAGGUUUUGGUAAGCCUCUUGGCUACCUGAGCCAGGGUACCUUCCCUCUUCCGACCCUCUCUACCUUGCUUCACAACUUUUCCAAGGAGCUCUACUUUGGCCGCGGUUUCUUCGUCUUGCGCACUCUACCCGUCGACAAGUACAGUCGCGAAGAGAUCGCCAUAAUGUACGCUGGCAUCGCAUCACACGUCGGAUCUGCACGUGGGAAGCAAGACGGUUUGGGCUCUGUGCUUGCGCACAUCAAAGAUCUCACGCUCACGCAUGGGAAUGGGGCGGCCGGGAAAGACGGGAAGCCGUUCGGAAAUGCAGCAUACACCACAGACGCGCAAGUCUUCCAUACUGACGUGGGCGAUUUGAUUGCCCUGCUAGCACUGCAGACCGCCAAGGAAGGUGGAACGAGUCGAAUCGCGAGCGGCGCGCGGGUGUAUAACGAGCUCGCCAAGACUCGCCCAGAUCUGCUCCAGGUGCUCUCGGAUCCGUGGCCGCUGGACAGCUUCGGCGGCGACCCUGCUUACACGACUCGUCCUCUGCUCUACUACUCUGAGCCCCACGUUAUCAUCCAGUACUCUCGCCGACACUUUACCGGGUACGGCAUACAGAAACGCAGCCCGAAUAUUCCGGUCAUCAGCGAGGCCCAGGCUGAAGCCCUCGACGCCGUGCACUACCUCGCCGAGAAGUUCUCUCUUGGGCUCAAUUUCCAGAAGGGCGAUAUUCAAUUCAUCAACAGUUUGGGUCUGCUGCACGCGCGGGACGCGUUUGUCGACGAUCCUGAGCACACCCGGCACCUCAUUCGCCUGUGGCUCCGCAACGACGAACUGGCGUGGAAGACGCCGGGACCUCUGGAGCCCAUCUGGAAGAGGCUAUAUUCGGUUGGCUCCGACCAGCAGCGGUUCCCUCUAGAACCUGAGAUCAGGACGAAGGCUGGUGGCGUUGCGAAGUAGACUUGGGUCACUACGCGUUCUUGAUUUACUUAUGAUCGAGCAUAUCAGGCGUAGACAAUGUCGAGGAUAUCUUUUUUGUGCGCUUUUCUGGCGCCUUC